AACAAAGAUCUGAAACCCUAACGGCUACGGCGAAAUCGGCACACCCCGAGCAGAAGAAGAAGAAGAAGAAGAAGAAGAAGCAGCAGAAGUAGAAGCAGAAGAUGACCCAGAAAUCGAAUCUUUUCAAGGGCCAACAGAAGAAGAAAACCAUCCCUCCCAAUCGCCACGGGAAAGCCCCUCCAACCCGCAAAGGGAAGAGGAACGUGAAGCCACUGAAGGUCACUAAGGACAUGGAGAUGGAUCGUGAGUUAAGCAAGUUCAUAAAUCACUGCAACGAAAUGAAAGCAGCCACCGCUGCUAACAAGGAAGGUGGCCAGCUAAGCAUCGUCAAACCCCCAUCUGAAUCCACUUCUGGUGAGAAGAAAUAAAUCAUCGUCAAGGUCACAAGGAACAUGGGUUUGGAGACAAAUGAGUGGGUUUGGAGACAGAUGCGACUCCAAAUUUUGGGAUGGUGGACUGACUUAUCUGACAGUUCUUCCUAUAGAAAUUGUAAUACGUGUUAUUGUCCCUUGAAAUCUCUUUGUUUUCUCUAGAUUAUUAGAGUUGGGAUAUAUGUAUGUAGCUUUUGCUGAAGGCCAAAGAAGGGAAAUCUUGUAAUCUAAGAGUGCAAAAGACUAUAGGAAUGGAUUGUGCCAUCGCUUUCAUUUCAUUUUUGCAAAGCUAUCACAAAUUAUGGGUAAAUCUUUCUCCUCA